AGUUCAUUACAUUUUAGAGUAUAGAUAGAGCUUGUCGAGCAAAGUUUAACUUGAAUUUCAAAGAAAUCAUUUCCGUAAAACCAUGAGCAAGUUAAAGGAUAUAUUGAAACAUUUGCAAAUUUCUGACAAUGAUCGCUGCGAAUAUACUGAAGAUGCUAUUGCUAUCCAAAAUUAUGUUAUUGAAGAGUUAAAAAAGCAGGACGCAACUUUUCGCAAUGCCUAUGAUGGGUUGAGUCUGGGUGGAAGUUACUUGGAUGGCGUAAAGUUGAGGACUCCCGAUGAAUUUGAUUUGCACAUGAAACUCAAGUUUCCGUUUGAAAUCAAACCAUUAAAUGACGAAAAUGGAUUUGUCUACUUAUACACAACUGGAGGAAGAAAUUCACUAUCGGGAUGUUACAACGAUGGCUAUAUUCGUCGCAAAGAGCUCCAAUACUGGUUGCGCAAUAUCUUCAAGAAGGUGUUUUAUUCAACUUUAAGUUUGGAGUGUAACCGAAGUGGCCAUUCUUAUUCUGUUACUUACACAAAUGAGGGAUAUGCGUGCGCCCACUCCAUCGAAGCCGUGUGCGGAAAUCGCACCAUAUCCUUUGAUAUGGUGCCGGCAUUCGAGUUUAAUGGGUCUCAAUGGCCAUUGACUGAUCCACCGGUUCCUCACCAAGUCCGUUUACAAUAUCCCUGGUUCGCUAUACCUCAAAAAAAAUCGGGAAGCUCUGACGAUCGCACCUUUAUGGUCUGUGCUCCUCAUUGGGAACGUGAAGUGAUCAAGAACUCAGACAAUCUGAAGAACGUUUUGCGCCUCAUGAAGGGAUUACGCGAUGGAAAUUCUAGGGAUUUGCCGCACUUGUCCAGCUACAUGCUGAAAACGGUUCUCCUUGGCGAACUAAGAAGGGUUAACUGGAGUCGGGACGAGGGUCCUCUGUUGGUGGAGAUGUGGGGCCGAUUGGUGGAACGCCUUGAUGUUGGCAGAUUGGAUUUCUUUUUGGCCAAUGGGCACAACAUCUUCGAUCGCUUGAAUUCAAGAGAACUAGACAAUUGUCGCAGAAAUGCCAGAGAUAUUCACCAUAAAUUACGUAUAUACUAUAACAGCAACAACGGCUCUGAGUUGAACAAGCUUUUUAAUCAAAAGUAAUCAUUUAUACCCUUUUUUAAACUAAAGCUUCAUAUGUACCAGAAGCAUUUUUGUAUUUUAUUCGAUUUUGCAGUGUUUUAAUAAAAACAUACGUAUCUA